AGGUGUGGGGGGGGGGGGAAGGGGGGAAGUCGACGUCUUUGGUUCUCCCCGCCGGCGACGACCGUCAGGUCCGGCUCUAACAAUCCCUAAUGUCUGUGCCUCCGAAACAACGCCAGGUCUCGUUGAGGGGCGCGAGCGCCAAAGAGAUCACGCGGGAUGCCCUCCUCGAGAAGGUCUCCCAGGAGAGGGAGCUCCGCAUCUACAAUCGCCGCGCCUCCGCCGCCGCCCUUUUCGUCCAGCGAGUCUGGAGGCGGUAUAAUGCAAUUAAAAAGGUUUCAGAACAGCUUCAAAGAGAAUGGGAAACUUUAACUGAUCAGCACAACAAUGAAAUGACUAGUGGAUGGAUUUCCAAGAACCUAUUGAGACCCUUUCUUUUCUUUGCAGCUAGGUCAUCAACUUUGCAUCAAAAACUUCAAUUCACAAAUGUGAAGUGUAUGUCGACAUGUUUCAAAAUUCUCCUACAAAGUAUAAACUCAGCUGAUGCAGAGAAAAACUUCUGUUCUUUGGCUGUAGGUACACAUGAGGAAAAAUCCACAUGGCUUUAUCAAGCACAGAAGCUGAUUUCAUUAUGCUCAUUCAUUCUUGCUGAGUGUGACAUCACCUGUCAUGGAAAUGAAAACAUGGUUCCACUUACUGUGCUUGCAAUGCGUUUAAGUAUUUCCUUGUCUGAUCUAAAAAGUUGGAAGAGUUUGAAAAGUGAUGACAACAGAGAUGCUGAUAUUGCUGUGAAGAGAUUAAUUGGAUUUAUGGCAACAAGAAAAAGUGCUAUGUACAGCUGUAUUAGGAAAUACAUCAUGAGACUUGGCUCUCAAAUUGCCUCAGGAAAGAAGACUAUUGUGUCCACAGAGGAUUGUUUUGUGAUUACUGCAAGUGCAAUAACUUUAGCUUUGCGCUCUUUUCAUUCUAAGAGGCUAGAUGUAAAUGAUACUGAUAUUUCCAAUGUGAAUGAUGCUUCUAAACAGUACUGUGUAUUCAUACUGACAGUUCCGUAUCUCACUCAGUGUCUACCAUCUCUUCUCUUACCUGCUCUCAAGCAUGAAUCUGCUCUGCUACCAUGCCUUGACAAUUUACUGAUUUCCAGGGAUAAAAUCUUUGAUCAAAUAUUAAAAUUAGAGCAGUCAGAAAAUUCUGGUCCUUGUGCUGAGGCAAUACCUUGCUUUGGGUGGGCUCUUGCAAACAUUAUAAACUUAGCAACGGAGUAUAGUGAUGAUUCUUGUGCUACCGGGCACUUCAUCCAAGGCCUAGAUUGUAGAUUGUAUGUUCAAGCCGUCAAUAUUUUUUCAGAGAAUCUUCUAAAUUGGCUUGAGAGCAAUGUAGGUUUGCUGAGAAAACAUAGUGAUGAAUUAUUGGCAACAGAUUAUUCUUCUGAAGCUGUUGAUUCAGAUAAUAGCAACAACAUGAAGUCUUCAUACAUAGACCUUCUUAAACCUGUGCACCAGCAGUGGCACCUAAGGAAUCUUCUGAUCAUGGUGAAGAAGAAUAUUCCAACUCAAGUUGCAGAGACUUGUGCUGCAAAUCAGAGCUCAGAAUACUUGGGGAACUUCAAGCUACUAAAUGUCAUAUAUUUGUAUUAUUUCAUGCUUAGAAUAUUUUCCUUUUUGAACCCUUUUCUUGGCUCAUUGCCUAUUCUUAAUAUACUUUCCUUCACUCCUGGCUUUCUUGUGGAACUAUGGGAAAUAUUAGAAGUUUCCAUCUUUGGCGAAACUGGCCACUUGUCCCAUGAAGUCAAAUUUUGCAAGGAUACAAAAGAUGCUAAUGUUGGGAAUUGCAAUGAAGCAAUCUACGAUACAAGGCAAAGGCGGAACAUGAAGGAUGCUGGAAGCAAGUGGGUGAAUGUGCUGCAGAAGAUUUCUGGAAGAUCAACCGAUGGGAAAUAUGCCGACUCAAAUGACGGUCCUCUUAGUCCUGAUCAGGUCAAUGAGGAUGUUCAUGAUUUAUGGGAUGUUGAAGCUAUGAGGCGAGGACCUCAAGGUAUUUCGAAGGACUUAUCGUGUAUGUUGCAUCUGUUUUGUGCUACAUAUGCGCACCUGCUGUUGGUUCUUGACGACAUAGAGUUCUAUGAAAAACAGGUUCCAUUUACACUUCAGCAGCAGAGAAGAAUUGUGUCAGUGCUUAACACAUUUGUAUACAAUUCCUUUAUUAAUAAUGGAGGACCCAGCAAUAAAAUUGUAACAGAUGUAGCAGUCAGAUGCCUUCAUUUGCUUUAUGAAAGGGAUUGCAGGCACAGAUUCUGCCCUUCUUCUCUGUGGCUAGGACCUGCGAGAAAAGGUCGCAUUCCAAUUGCAGCAGCUGCUAGAUCUCACGAAGCUGCAUUUAUAAAUUUGCAGUGCGGCGAUCCUUCAACCAUCCCAAGCAUGAGCUCUCUACUCACAACUGUGCCACAUGUAUAUCCAUUUGAGGAAAGAGUUCAAAUGUUUAGGGAAUUUAUUAAGAUGGACAAAGUCUCUAGAAGAGUGGCCGGUGAGGUGUCUGGAUCAGGUUCAGGGUCAAUUGAGAUAGUUGUUCGUCGAAACCACAUUAUUGAAGACGGAUAUAGACAAUUGAAUUUUCUUGGAUCAAGGUUAAAGUCAUGCAUUAAUGUGUCAUUUAUCAGUGAAUGUGGUCUUCCUGAAGCUGGUCUAGAUUAUGGAGGUCUGUCAAAGGAGUUCUUAACUGAUUUGUCAAAGGCUUCCUUUGACCCUCAGUAUGGAUUUUUCUCUCAGACCUCUACAUCAGAGAACAAUUUAAUUCCUAAUAUGUCUGCCAGAUUGCUAGGCAACGGCGUUGAGAUGAUUGAAUUCCUUGGAAGAGUGGUUGGAAAAGCUCUUUAUGAAGGGAUUUUACUAGACUAUUCCUUUUCACCAGUCUUUGUGCAGAAGCUGUUGGGUCGCUAUAGCUUUCUUGAUGAAUUAUCAACACUAGAUCCUGAACUGUACAGGAGUCUUAUGUAUGUAAAGCAUUUUGAUGGUGAUGUGGCGGAGCUGUGUUUAGAUUUUACGGUUACUGAAGAGCUCUGUGGCAGCAGGGUUGUAACUGAGCUUAAACCUGGUGGUAAAAAUGUGUCUGUUACAAAUGAAAACAAGUUACAGUAUGUCCAUGCAAUGGCAGACUACAAACUCAAUCGCCAAAUACUUCCAUUUGCAAAUGCAUUUUAUAGAGGCUUGGUUGAUCUCAUAUCACCAUCUUGGUUGAGCUUAUUCAAUGCAAAUGAAUUCAAUCAGCUGCUUUCAGGUGGAAAUCAUGACUUCGAUGUUGAUGAUUUGCGAAGCAACACUAAGUACACUGGUGGUUAUUCUGAUUCAAGUCGUACAGUUAAGCUCUUCUGGGAGGUUGUCAAAGGAUUCAUACCAAUUGAAAGAUGCAUGUUACUUAAGUUUGUGACAAGCUGUUCCCGAGCACCAUUACUUGGAUUCAAGCAUCUGCAGCCUUCUUUCACGAUUCAUAAGGUUGCAUGUGAUGUACCUAUUUGGGCCACCAUAGGUGGGCAGGAUGUAGAUCGUCUUCCCUCAGCUUCCACAUGCUAUAACACACUCAAGCUUCCAACAUACAAAAGAUCAAGUACUUUGAGGAACAAGCUACUUUAUGCAAUCAGUUCAAACACUGGAUUUGAACUUUCUUAAGGUACAGAUAUUUUCUACUUGCAUCUCCAAUAUUCCUUGAUAAAAUGUAAAUUUAGCUGUUGUGUUAGAAGAUAUAUGAGUGCAUUACUGUAAAGAAUAUUAACAGAACUAUUCAAGCUGUGUUUGUUUAUGUAUAUUGUCAAUGUAUAUUAUUUCGCUAUUAUAAAAGCUUGUUUCAAAUUA